AUGGCGUACUGGCCUCAUGCAGUCUUUUUACGAGAAAAAGAUGCCAGUGAUGUCUUGAGAAUUAGAAAACGGGCUAAUUUCUUGUUUGAAGAGGUUAAACCUGGAAAUUUGGAAAGAGAAUGUUUUGAAGAAAAGUGCGUAUUUGAAGAGGCAAACGAGAUUCACAGUUCAUUGGAUAAAACUCUAAUAUUUUGGAACAAGUAUGUUGAUGGUGAUCAGUGCAAUCCUAAUUUAUGUGUCAAUAAUUCAACUUGCCAGGAUUUGAUUGGUGGCUAUCAAUGUCACUGUGCUGAAGGAUUUGAUGGACCUCAGUGCCAGUAUGUACUGCUGGCAACAAACUGUUCUGACAAUUACGGUUACUGCGCUCACUUCUGCAGCGAAAUUCCAGAGAGAAACAGACGGGUAUGUUCAUGUGCAGCUGGUUACAAACUAAGUGAUGAUGGAAUCUCCUGCAAUGCUUCAGGUGAGCAAGCUGCCAAUAUACGAAAAGGAGGCCCACUGGGUCCACGAAUCAUAAAAGGGACGGUAAUGAAGAAAGGUAGCAGUCCAUGGCAGAUCCUUCUAAUGACUGCAAGUGGAAAAUUCAUCUGCGGAGGUGUGCUGAUUCACCAGUUUUGGGUGCUGACUGCUGCCCAUUGUGUACAUGAAGGAGAACGAUUUCGAGUAAAACUUGGUGAGCAUAACCGAUCAGUCAAUGAAGACACUGAAGACACUAUUCUAGUAAACAGAGUAUAUAUCCACCCCAACUUCAGUCUCUCAAAUAUGGACAGUGACAUUGCUCUCCUCCGGCUGUCUCAGGUUGCUGUCUUCACCAAUUACAUUAUACCAGUGUGUUUGCCCACCAAAGAGACGGCAGAGAGAAAGCUGCUCAUUGCCAACAAGAACGUGGUGAUCACAGGCUGGGGCGCUAUAGAUGAAAAUGAUGAUCGUUACCGCCCUAAUACGCUAUUAUUCAUCCGUAUCAAAUUGACCUCCUACACGCUGUGUAAGGAGAAACUAAAAGACAGAGUGACGGACAACAUGAUCUGUGCAGGAACCCCAGGUUCCAGAAAAGAUGCCUGCAAGGGAGACAGUGGUGGCCCUAUGGUCACUUUUUUGAACGGCACAUGGUUUCUGCUGGGACUGGUCAGCUGGGGAGAAGGAUGUGGUCGCUUCCAAACAUUUGGUAUCUACACCAAAGUGACCAAUUACCUAGACUGGAUAUAUUCAACAAUCAAUGCUGUAGCAACCUAA